AUGGAACUCUUCGAGAAACACAUCAAUGGUCUCGAUAUUGUGAAUGCAUUCGCUUUCCAACUAAAUCGACGAAUCGAUAGAUUGAUUCUUCAAUGCCAACGUUUCCAAUUUGAUUUCAUCCGAUGUCAUAAAGAUGAUUUUGCUAUUUGUCUCAAUCUACUACCCGCCUAUUCAAGUAGAAUCGAAGAGUUAGGACUGUCCGAGCAUAAAACACCGGGACAAAUAUAUGCUUUCUUACAUGCCUACCCUAAAUUUAGUUCAUUUCCACAGCUUCGUCGACUUUACUUUCAUAUGGAUCUGAAUAAUUGCGAUCCGACAAUGAUACAAAUAGCUUUGGAUUCGCUUGCCGAAACACCCAUUGAGACACUCGCAGUGAAGAUAGUUGGCAUACCAGAAGAGCAAUACCGCUCCUAUGGUUUGAACUUAGCACAGUUCUUUCAGCUUCCAACGGUGAAAAAACUGGCUUUUGCCACUAAUGUCGGAUUUCCAUACGAUUUCUUUGAUAAUGUAAUAAAACCUUCGAACAUCGAAUAUUUCACUUUUGCGGAUCCAGAAAUUAAUUUUGGUGACUUCAGUUUUCUAUUACGAUUGAUGCCGAAUCUGAAAUAUCUCAAUAUUCGUUUGACUUCUGCACAAUAUGGUGUUCGACGUUGGCGAGACGUCGAUCAAAACAAACUGUUCCCACUCAUGCCCAUGAUGAAGACUUGUAUCGUUCAUGUCGACGACAGAAAACCGAUCGAGUUCGAUCUUCUAGCACAUCACCUGAAAGCAAUGCCUGAUUUACUUCAAUUGGAAGUCACUGCACCUCAUAAACUUUUCAAUGCACAGAAUUGGGAAGAUCUGAUCACAUCAUCACUGACGAAACUCGUUCAUCUACGCCUCUAUGCCACGAGGCAUCAUCAAGAUCCGGAAACUGUUGUACAAAUCACAGAUGCAUUCAAAACUCCAUUUUGGGUCAAGAAGACGAACUUUGUCUUUAUGCUUAUGCAAUUGAUCGAUUUGCUUGCUAAACGUCGAAAGGUAAAAUGUCGAAAAUACUUAGAUGUCGUCAUUGACCAGUAUCGAUGUUUGUUCUAA